GCUCGGAGCCAACACGUCGCGUGAUCUGUGGCCAGGGGGCAGGACUGUGCAUCGCAGCGUUACCAUGCUCGGACCAGGCCCCGGCUCCCAAAGUGCCCAGCAUUCGAGAGAGUGUGUUCUGGUCCAGGUUCUGUUGUGCCAACGCCCUCCUGCUGGUCAGCGUGAACAUUUUUCUCUACGCUUACUUUGCCUGAAUGAAGGGUCAGACGUUAUGUCGUGCCUCUGCUUCCUGUUGAACUUCAUGUCUCUGCAGGGACUGACCUGGAAACUGUGAGGGUCUGUCACUGAAUCAUUUCCCUUUAGAUUUCACCAGAAUCAUUAGCACGUACUUUCAGUCGAUUUAGCUUUGGAAGGAACAACAUAAAACAUUUAUUAAUACACAAACAAAAUUUCUAACAACCUUUUGAUUUAUCAGCUUUCACACCCACAUCACAUGACGCAGACAGGAUACAUUAGAUGUUUCAUGUGUUUUAUUCAUUUUUAUUUGUGCCUAACAUCUACAGUUUUAUGGAGAACC